AUGUCUUUAAAAAUACCUAAUUCAUUUGUAACAAGAAUAUUUUUAUUUGGAUGGAAUUCAUUAUUUCAAUUAAUUUCAAUUAUUAUUAACUAUUAUUUAAUAACUUUACAACGUGUACUCUUAUCACUUCUAAUAAUUUUCGGAGAAGUUCCUGUUUCAAGACAUGAACCAAUAUCCGAAAGAAAGAAAAUUGGCUGGGAAAAUGGUAACAGUGAAAGUGGUAUAAGUGUCUUUGGUGACUAUGAAGAACAGACAUCUAAAGAUAAUUAUAUUGUUAAAUCAUCAUAUAUUCUUAAAGAAAAAAGGAUAUCAAAUUUUUGGAAAAUUUAUAUCAUACUUAAACAAAUAAUAACAGUAUUUUUUAAGACAAUUUUUAGUUAUGUAGAAUUUCCAGAAGAAUCAGUAAAUCGCAUUUCUAUAUCUUCUUUUUCACGUAAAGAAAUUUUACCAAUUGGAUAUUUACCAAUUUUAAGUAAGAAUCCAAUGGAGACAUCUGAUUAUCAAACAGAUGUUGAAUUCAUUGACGAUGAAUGUUUCUAA